AUGACCGAACAGCAGCCAGGCUUGAGGCGCUGUCAGGACUUGCCCAGCUCCCCCCCCACCCAGGAUUCUCCAGGCUGCCGGAUCCAUGGGGACCUGAGGAGGAGGAGCCUGGCACCAAGCCAGCUUGCCAAGAGGAAGUCGGAGGGCAGCGCCUCUGAUGAGGAAGACUGGCAUCCGGAGACGGCGACUCCCAAGAGGCGGAAAUCAAGCGGCGAGGCUGGAGGCCCAGAGUGCUUCUGGUCACCUUUUCGGAAGCCCCUGACUCAGGUGACCAAUCGGCCACACUGCCUGGACAGCAGCCAACAUGAGGCCUUUAUCCGGAGCAUCUUGUCGAAGCCUUUCAAAGUCCCCAUCCCCAACUACCAAGGUCCUCUGGGCCUCCGGGCCUUGGGCAUCAAGCGGGCAGGGCUCCGGCACGCCCUCCACGACCCACUAGAGGAAGGAGCUCUGGUUCUGUAUGAGCCGCCCCCCCUGAGCGCCCACGACCAGCUGAAGCUCGACAGGAAGGAUCAGGACAGGAAUGACCGGGUGGUGCCAGCCUGGGGAGGCUCACUCGUAGGGGGCUCGCGGGUGCCGCGGGGAGGCGGGAGGGCGAGGAAGGCUGCUGCUGGAGGAGGAUCCGUGCGUGGGGAUGAGGAGACCCCGGGGGGGCGGCGCGAUGGUGUCUUCAAAGCAGAGGGCAGCACGCCAGCGCCCAUGGGAGGGCCUGUGGGAGGGCCUGUGGGAGAGCCUGUGGGAGGGCCCGUGGGAGAGCCUAUGGGAGAGCCCGUGCCAGUGCCCUUGGGAGAGCCUGUGGGAGGGCCUGUGGGAGGGCCUGUAGGAGAGCCCGUGGGAGGGCCUGUGGGAGAGCCUGUGGAAGGGCCUGUGGGAGAGCCUGUGCCAGUGCCCUUGGGAGAGCCCGUGGGAGGGCCUGUAGGAGAGCCUGUGGGAGGGCCUGUGGGAGAGCCUGUGGGAGGGCCUGUGGGAGGGCCUGUGGGAGAGCCUGUGGGAGGGCCUGUGGGAGAGCCUGUGGGAGAGCCUGUGCCAGUGCCCGUGGGAGAACCUGUGGGAGAACCUGUGGGAGGGCCUGUGGGAGAGCCUGUGGGAGAGCCUGUGCCAGUGCCCGUGGGAGAACCUGUGGGAGGGCCUGUGGGAGAGCCCGUGCCAGAGCCUGUGGGAGGGCCUGUGGGAGGGCCUGUGGGAGAGCCCGUGCCAGAGCCCGUGGGAGGGCCUGUGGGAGGGCCUGUGGGAGAGCUGGAGCUGCUUCUGCUCUUUACAUUUACUCGGGGGUUUUCGCUCUGCCCAGUCACAGGCCACGUCCUCCCUCUGGCUACCAGAGUGUCUGAAGGGCCUCCUGUGGAGGGCAGAACUAGGAGCUGUCAAGGGGCAGAGAGGCCAGUAGAGGCUGGCGCCAGCUUCAUGAACCAGCGAGGCUCCAGGGUCCCGUCUCCCAUCCUCAUCAUUUCCUAUGAGACAUUCCGCCUCCAUGCUGAAGCCUUGCAGCGAGGAAGUGUGGGGCUGGUGAUCUGUGACGAGGGCCACAGACUGAAGAACUCGGAGAACCAGACGUACCAGGCGCUGAACGGCUUAAACACGAGCCGGCGGGUGCUCAUCUCGGGGACGCCGAUCCAGAACGACCUGCUGGAGUACUUCAGCCUGGUGCACUUUGUGAACGCCGGCAUCCUGGGGACGGCCCCGGAGUUCAAGAAGCACUUCGAGCUGCCCAUUCUAAAGGGCAGAGACGCAGACGCGAGCGAAGCCGCCCGGCAGAAGGGCGAGGAGCGCCUCCAGGAGCUCGUCAACAUCGUGAACAGGUGUCUGAUCCGGAGAACCUCGGACAUCCUCUCCAAGUACCUGCCCGUGAAGAUCGAGCAGGUGGUCUGCUGCAGGUUGACCGCGCUGCAGACUGAGCUGUACAGACGGUUCCUCAGACAAGCCAAGCCUGCAGAGGAGCUGCGGGAGGGCAAGAUGAGCGUGUCGUCUCUGUCCUCCAUCACGUCCCUCAAGAAGCUGUGCAACCACCCAGGCCUGAUCUACGACAAGUGUGUGGAGGAGGAGGAAGGCUUCGCCGGAGCUCUGGACUUGUUCCCGCCCGGCUACAGCGGCAAGUCGGUGGAGCCGCAGCUCUCAGGGAAGAUGCUGGUCCUGGACUAUAUUCUGGCUGUGACCCGAAGGACCAGCAGCGACAAGGUCGUCCUGGUGUCCAACUACACGCAGACCCUGGACCUGUUUGAGAAGCUCUGCCGGGCCAGGAGGUAUCUCUACGUCCGGCUCGAUGGCACCAUGUCCAUCAAGAAACGAGCCAAGGUGGUGGAGCGAUUCAACAGCCCCUCGAGCCCAGACUUCAUCUUCAUGCUGAGCAGCAAGGCGGGCGGCUGCGGCCUCAACCUCAUCGGGGCUAACCGGCUCGUCAUGUUCGACCCCGACUGGAACCCGGCCAACGACGAGCAGGCGAUGGCUCGCGUGUGGCGCGACGGCCAGAGGAAGACCUGCUACAUCUACCGCCUGCUCUCGGCCGGGACCAUCGAGGAGAAGAUCUUCCAGCGGCAGACGCACAAGAAGGCUCUGAGCAGCUGCGUGGUGGACGAGGAGCAGGACGUGGCCCGGCACUUCUCCCUGGGGGAGCUGCGGGAGCUCUUCACGCUCAACGAGGCCACGAGCAGCGACACCCACGACAAGCUGCGCUGUCGCCGCUGCGUGAAUGGGCACCAGGUCCGGCCGCCCGCUGAGGGCUCCGACUGCACUUCCGACCUGGCCCAGUGGCACCACAGCGCGGACAAGAGGGGCAUCCCGGAUGCCGUGCUGUCGGCGGCCUGGGACGCCGCAGUCACCUUCGCCUUCCAUCAGCGCUCGCACGAGGAGCAGCGGGGGGUUCCCUGAGCCCUGAG